UAGUACAGUAGCGCACGGGCUCGCCUGCGCACCAGCGUCAAAGCUGUGAGUGGGCUUGUUGUAAAAUGUUUUGAUCCUGCAGAAGCCUUAUCAUUGAAUGAAAUCAACGUUUUUAGACUUGAGUAAUUUCACCGGACUGGAUACAAGUUUUGAAAAGAAGGAGAACAGGGAGAAUUGAUCAUCUUUCUUGAGCUCACGAAUGGAAAGCCUCUGGGAAUACUCCGUCUUCGACGCAAGUGUGGUAGCCUGAGUGAGAGAUUUCUGAGGGUUUAGCGGUUACGAAUUGUGUGAAAUGGAUUCCUUCUUUGUCGAGGGGGCCCAUGUCUGGCUGAGGGACAAGGAGCAGCUCCUGCCCUCCACAGUGAGCUCCUGCCAGGAGGGAAAUCUGGUCCUCACCACCCACUACGGAGAGGUGGUGUUUCUCCAGGAGAAGCAGCAGGUCAGAGAGAGGGUGCUUCUCAUGCAGCCCAGCAGCAUCCAGGGUGUGGAGGACAUGUCCUGUCUGGACGAGCUGCACGAGGCCGCCAUCAUGCACAACCUCCACCUACGCUACACCCAGGACCUCAUUUAUACUAACAUUGGCUCCAUUCUAGCAGCGGUGAACCCCUACAAGCAGGUCCCAGGUCUGUAUGACUGCGCCGCCGUGGAGCGCUACAGUCAGCACCACCUGGGCGAGCUCCCCCCCCACAUCUUCGCUGUGGCUAACGAGUGUUACCGCUGUCUGUGGAAAAGACACGACAGCCAAUGUGUGCUCAUCAGUGGAGAGAGCGGGGCAGGGAAGACAGAGAGCACCAAGCUGCUGUUGAAGUUUCUGUCAGUGAUGAGUCAGAACUCUGCUGGUGCCCCCCUGUCUGAGAGGAGCACCGAUGUGGAGCAGGCCAUCGUCCAGAGCAGUCCUAUCAUGGAAGCGUUUGGGAAUGCCAAGACUGUUUACAACAACAACUCCAGCCGCUUCGGGAAGUUCAUCCAUCUGCACGUCUCUGAGAACGGAAACAUCCAGGGAGGAUGCAUCAUCGACUAUUUACUAGAAAAGAACCGGGUGGUGAGACAGAACCCUGGGGAGAGGAACUAUCACAUCUUCUACGCUCUUCUGGCUGGGGUCCCCAGAGAACACAGAGAUGUCUACUUCCUCUCCGAAGGUCCAGAGUCCUACCACUACCUGAGCCAAUCUGGCUGUGUGACGGACAGAAGUCUGGGUGACAAUCAGCUCUUCAACAGCGUCAUGGAAGCCCUGAAGGUGAUGGGGUUCAGUGAGGAGGACAUUAGAGAUGUGUUCCAGCUGUUGUCAGCUGUGCUGCAGAUGGGCAACAUUGAGUUCAUGAUGGCCGGAGGAGCUCAGAUCACCUCUAAAGGAGUGGUCAGUAACGUGAGUGAGCUACUAGGUCUGGACUCCUUCCAGCUAUCUGAGGUUCUGACCCAGCGCUCCAUGAUCCUGAGAGGAGAGGAGAUCUGCUCCCCUCUCUCCAUCGAGCAGGCGGUGGACUCACGGGACUCUGUUGCCAUGGCGCUGUACUCCCAGUGUUUUUCCUGGAUAAUCAUGAGGAUCAACCAGAAGAUCCGGGGGAAGGACAACUUCAAGUCCAUCGGCAUCCUGGACAUCUUUGGCUUUGAGAACUUUGAGGUGAACCGGUUUGAGCAGUUCAACAUCAACUACGCCAACGAGAAACUGCAGGAGUACUUCAACAAGCAUAUCUUCUCCCUGGAGCAACUGGAGUACAACAGGGAAGGGAUUCAGUGGGAAGCCAUUGACUGGAUGGAUAACGCUGAGUGCCUGGACCUCAUAGAGAAGAAACUGGGCAUGUUGGCUCUUAUCAACGAGGAGAGCCGCUUCCCUAAAGGCACAGACUACACCCUUCUGGAAAAACUCCACAGCCGGCACGCAGCAAACUCCUACUACGUGAAGCCCAGGGUCACGGACCACCAGUUUGGGAUCAAGCACUACGCUGGAGAGGUGCUGUACGACGCACGUGGGAUCCUGGAGAAGAACAGAGACACAUUCAGAGAUGAUAUCCUGAACAUGCUGAAGGAGAGCAGGCUGGACUUCAUCUACGACCUGUUUGAGCUGGUGGGACCAGCAGGCAGGAACGGAGAGGAGACUCUGAAGAUGGGUACGGCCCGACGCAAGCCCACAGUCAGCUCCCAGUUCAGGGACUCCCUCCAUUCCCUGAUGGCCACUCUAAGUGCCUCCAACCCCUUCUUCGUCCGUUGCAUCAAACCCAACAUGGAGAAGAACGCCAACGUGUUUGACCCGGCGGUGGUGCUCAACCAGCUGAGGUAUUCUGGAAUGUUGGAGACAGUGAAGAUCCGCAGGGCAGGCUUUCCGGUCCGCAGAACUUUCUCCGACUUCUACAGCAGGUACAGGAUGAUCGUGCAGGGCAGUAGCACAGCAGAUGAUGUGAGGAGGAGCUGCACAGAGAUGCUCUUUCAGCACGACCCGAGCAGGAGAGACUGGCAGCUUGGAAAGACAAAGGUGUUCUUGAAGGAAGCCCUGGAGCAGAGGCUGGAGAAGGAGCGGGAGAAGGAGAGGAGGAGGGCUGGCAUGAUCAUCCAAGCCCACAUACUCCGCUAUGUGGCAAGGAAACACUAUCAGAGGGUCCUAUCCAGCACUAUCACCAUCCAGAAGAACUACCGUGCCUUUUUCUGGAGACGAGGGUUCCUGCGCCUGCGUUCCACCGCCCUGAUUCUGCAGACGCAACACCGAGGACAGCUGGCCCGUCGACGAUACCGCCAGCUCCUGGAGGACAAGAGGAGGAGAGAGGAAGAGGAGAGGAAAAGAGAGGAGGAGGAGGAGAGGAGGAGAGUGGAGGAGGAGGAGAGGAAGCUGGAGGAGGAGAGGAGACAACAGGGGGAAGAGGAGAGGAGGAGAGAGGAGGUGGAGAGACUGAGGCAGAUGGAGGAGAGGAGGAGAGAGGAGGUGGAGAGACUGAGGCAGAUGGGUGAGGAGGAAGGAAAGAGGAAGCAGAUAGAGUCCCUGCAACUUCAACAGGAAGAGGAGGACUUACAAAGGAGAGAGGUGGAGCACAGAAACUCUCUGUUGAAGAAUUCUGCUUGUCAAAAGAAGGCUAUGCCUGCGCCUCCUGGCCCCGCCCACACCUCCCUGGAGGAGAGCCGUCAGAUGGAGGAGAUCCUGCGUCUGGAGCGAGAGAUAGAGCGCCUGCAGCGCCAGCACGAGGACGGCGUCUCGUUGCAAGGGGACAUCUCCAGGGAGGAGCGCCGGCAGCAGAGAGAUGCGGAGAUCUUCCGUCUGGAAAAGGAGGCGUCACGUGUGGCCACUGAGUUCCUGGAGCUCCUGGACUUUGGAGGCCUGGAGCCAUCGCUGUCAAGCGAGGAGAAUCUCCAUGACGAUCCAUCCGACUCUGGCGCCCCUCUGGCCCGCGCUGAGGAGGAGGAGGAGGAGGACGAGGGCUUCCAUGCUGAGGAGUGCAUCCCCCUUCCGGAGCUCCCUCCCCGCACCAUCAGCCCCCUGGACAAGGACGUCCUCCGCAGCCUCCCCCCUCCCCCCGCCCACUUUGCUGAGGGAGUGCUCCUCACGUCUUCCUCUCCAUCCAUCCUGGCACCCCCCACCCCAUCAACGUAUGCCCCCGCGCCUCCCCCGCCUCCCCCUCCACCUGCCUGCCCCCCCCCAGGCCUCACCAACGGGGACAGAUAUGCCUACUUCAAGGCCGGCAGGGCAUCAGACUACAAGUCGGCCAAUGAGGAGCCUUCGUUCAGCAUCCUGCCGGACACGGAGUCAGACUACGACCAGGAUGAGGAGGACCAGAGGAGCUCCACAGACGCAGCCAGCAACAACGACGGCCAGGCCACGGGCCAGGAUGCGCUGAGGAAAUCCUCCUGCACACAGAACAGCCUGGACUCCUUCAGGGGAAGCUCAGACUCGUUCAUUGACAGUGAGGAGGACAUUGACGGCUAUGUGGACACAGAUGAGGAGGUGUCCAAUGGGAGGGUCAGUCUGCUAAAUGGAAGCUCCCCACCAUACUUCCACAGCUACCUCUACAUGAAAGGAGGUCUGAUGCUCCCUUGGCGGAGACGCUGGUGUGUUCUGAAAGACGAGACAUUCAUGUGGUUCCGGGCCAAGCAGGACGCCCUCAAGUCUGGCUGGCUGUACAAGAAGGGUGGGGGGAUGUCCACGCUGUCCCGACGCAACUGGAAACAGCGCUGGUUUGUCCUGCGGGAGUCUAAGCUCCUAUACUUUGAGAAUGACGGCGAGGAGAAACUGAAAGGAACCAUCGACAUCCGGGCUGCAAGAGACAUCGUGGACAACCACGAGAAGGAGAAUGCUCUGAACAUUGUGACAGAGGAGAGGACCUAUCACAUCUACGCAGAGACUCCUGAAGAUGCCAGUGGAUGGUUCAACGUGCUGAGCAAGGUCCACAGUGCCAGUCCAGAGCAGCUGGUGGACAUGCAUCAUGAGCAGGCAAACCCAAAGAACGCUGUGGGAACUCUGGAUGUUGGUUUGAUUGACUCUGUCUGUGCGUCAGACAACCCUGACAGGCCCAACUCUUUUGUGAUCAUCACAGCCAACCGGGUGAUCCACUGCAACUCUGACACCCCGGAGGAGAUGCACCACUGGAUCGGCCUGCUGCAGAAGCCCAAGGGAGACUCCAGGAUUGACGGCCAGGAGUUCCUGGUCAGAGGCUGGCUGCACAAGGAGCUGAGGUCUGGAGCGAAGAGCAGCUCUGUCAAGCUGAAGAAGCGCUGGUUCGUUCUGACCAGCAACUCACUGGACUACUACAAGUCCUCAGAGCGGAGUUCCUCUAAGCUGGGGACGCUGGUCCUCAAUAGCCUGUGUUCCGUAGUGCAGCCUGACGAGAAGGUCUUCAAGGACACCGGAUACUGGAACAUCAUCGUACACGGACGCAAGCACUCAUACCGCCUGUACACCAAGCUGCUGAACGAGGCCAUGAGGUGGGGGUCUGCCACCCAGGGAGCCAUCGACAGCAAGGUGCCCAUCGAGACACCAACCCAGCAGCUCAUCAGGGACAUCAAGGAGAGCAGUCUUAAUGUAGAGGCUGUGGAGCAGACCUACUGGAGGAACCCCAUCCUAAGAUAUACCCAACAUCCUUUGCACUCCCCUCUGCUACCUCUGCCUUAUGGGGACGUCAGCAUCCACUUGCAAAAGGAGAAGGGAUAUUCCAGCCUCCAGGAUGAGGCGGUGAAGAUCUUCAACUCUCUGCAGGAGAUGGAGGCGGUGUCGGACCCUGUGCCAAUCAUCCAGGGCAUCCUGCAGACCUGCCAGGAUCUGCGGCCACUCAGGGACGAGGUUUACUGUCAGCUGAUCAAACAGACCAAUCAUGUCCCCCAGCCCAACAAUUCUGCCAAUCGCGCCCACUGGCACCUCCUCACCUGUAUGAGCUGCACCUUCCUGCCCAGCCGAGGCAUCCUGCGCUAUCUCAAGUUCCACCUCAAAAGGAUCAAGGAGCUUUACCCCUCCACUGAGAUCGAGCAGUUUGCCUUGUUCAUCGGAGAGUCCCUGAAGAGGACUAAGGCCAGGGAGUACGUUCCCUCCCAGGAGGAGAUUGCCGCCCUACUGAUCAGACAGGAGAUGACCACCACUGUGUACUGCCACGGAGGAGGCUCCUGCAAGAUCUCCAUCAACUCCCACACUACUGCUGGGGAGGUGGUGGAGAAGCUGAUCCGAGGUCUGGCCAUGGAGGACAGCAGGAAUAUGUUUGCUCUGUUUGAACACAACAACACGCUUGACCGCGCUGUGGAGAGCCGUGUCAUUGUGGCUGAUGUUCUCGCUAAGUUUGAGAGGCUUUCAGGCAGUGAGGAGGUGGAGGAGGAGGGCCAGUGGAGACUCUACUUUAAACUCUAUUGCUUCCUGGAUGUGGAGAGCAUGCCCAAGGAAGGAGUGGAGUUUGCUUUUAUGUUUGAACAGGCACAUGAGAGCCUGACCAGCGGACACUUCCCAGCGCCCGAGGACACCCUCCAGCACCUGGCCGCGCUGCGCUUGCAGUUCCUCCAUGGGGACAAGACCCGGCUCAGCUGGCCGCUGGACGCCAUCUACCCUGUGGGCCGCCUGCGCACCCGCAUCCUUCACUUCACCAAGGUGGGCGGGGCCGGUGGGGCGGGGCAGACGGGACACACUCUGGAGCGACGGAGAACCAGCUUCCUGGACGGGACGCUGAGGCGGGGCCUGAAGACAGGCUCCAUGAAGAAGCAGAGGAUGGAGGAAGAUCUGAUGCUGGAGAUGUGGGUGAAGGAGGAGACGUCAGCCACCAGGACCAGCAUCCUGGAGAAGUGGUCCAGGCUGACUGGGCUGGACCAACACCAGGCUAUGCUCAAAUACAUGACCAUCAUCAAGGAGUGGCAUGGAUACGGAUCCACGCUCUUCGACGUGGAGUGUAAAGAGGGAGGUUUUCCGCAUGACCUGUGGCUGAGUGUGAGUGCUGAGAAUGUGUCUGUCUAUAAGAGAGGAGAGUCUCGUCCACUGGAAACCUUCCCCUAUGAACACAUCAUCUUCUUCGGCGCUCCACAACCCAACACCUAUAAGAUCACCGUGGACGAGAGAGAGAUGUUCUUUGAAACCAGACAGGUGGGAGAGAUCACCAAAAUCAUGAAGGCCUACAUCAACAUGAUAGUGAAAAAACGCAGCAGUUUCAGAUCUAUGUCCAGCUACGGAACCAACUGGAUCAGAUGAGAGACGCCACCAGGAUGCGCUCCUCCAGAGACAGGCCCACCAGGAUGCGCUCCUCCAGAGACAGGCCCACCAGGAUGCGUUCCUCCAGAGACAGGCCCACCAGGAUGCGCUCCUCCAGAGACAGGCCUUGAGACAAGACAACCACUGCCCAGGAGGGACGGCAAAUUCCCACUAGAGAGAAUAUCUCCACCACAGACUUGUUCUGAUAGAGAGGAAGUGUUGGUACUCCUCAGUGCAUAUGCAAACCUGAUAUUGUAGUAUUGGCUACUGUCUUCACCUCGUCAGUAUGAUGCUUCACUUUAGCUGAACAUCUUCUGUUAUGUACACCACCUUGAUAAAGGCUGCGAUAUUACGUUAGCAAAUAUCACUCCUACAUUUCAGUUCUACAUUUUCACAUCUGUAUUAGAUUAUGAUACAAGUUGAACUGACUGGAAGAUCCUCCCCUCAUAAGACUCUGUUUAUGAUUUCACAGUGGCAUAAUAAGACUCUGUUUAUGAUUUCACAGUGGCAUAAUAAGGCUCUGUUUAUGAUUUCACAGUGGCAUAAUAAGGCUGUUUAUGGUUUCAGAGUGGCAUAAUAAGGCUCUGUUGACCAAAGUGUUGCUGAACCACACAGGUAAACCUUACAUGUUCUUUGUGUAGAUUCAGCCACUGAUCAUAAGUACAGGAUAUCCUGCUUGGAGAGUCCCUCAGGUUUCAACGGGCAGCACAACUGUCGUCAUCACACUUGGGGAUGGUAACCUUCCUCAACGCUAUUGCCUUAAUUAGUAUUAUAGCUUCCCACGGCUAUUUAGGACAGUCAGCAAUAGUCUUAGUCCUGGCAUUGCAUUUCACUUCUGGAGGACUGAAAGGUGUUUGAUUAUGACAUCCUCGGUGCAAAGGGAUACAAGUAAAAUGUGCCUAAAAAAAUCUGUCUUUAUUGAAGUUUUAGUUUUUACAGUUUAGUUGAACAAACCAAUAGAUUCCCAGAACCUCAUAUGACUGUUUCCACAACGUAGCAACGUUCACUAAAGGCACUGGCUUCAAAUUAUGAUUUUCUUUGCAUAAAAAAAGUAUAGAACUAGUCCUCUGUAUCUAACUUUGAUUUGAAAUCUGUUAUCUCAAGUGAAAUGUUUUAUUACAUUUACAUUUUGUGACAAACUGUAUAAAGAAAACAAGCACAUAUUGCUUUGUACAUCCGUUACUGAAGGAAGAUAUUAUUAUUUGUGUCAAAUGAUGGAGUGUGUCUUAGUUUGGGGGAGGGCAGGGUAUUUAUUAAAUGUCAUGCUGAUGAUGGGAGAGAGAAAGAAAACACAUCAAAAGUCAAUACAGAGAGUAUAGUAGGCUAUAACAAAUCUAUCAAAAACUGCACGUAUAAACAUAACAAUACCCCCAAAUUAACUGAAACCUGGUUAUCAGGUUUUCAUUCUUCAUUUAACUGCGGAUCCGAUCUAUGGCAUGAAUCUUUACCUCACACUCAGCAUCACUGACCCACCUGGCUCUCCUCUGUCAUUGACUAAUCUGGUCUGCUGCCGGCAGCUAUACCAGAGCUCAUAGCUUCCCAUUUAUAAUGACUGAACAAAUAUCAUUUCUGCUUGUUUGGAGUAAAACGAAUCACAAAAUGAUGUUUUAUAACUGGAUUUAAAAAUGCUUUAAUAAAUUAUUGUAUUUCAUAAGGA